AUGGCGUUGGUCGUAUCUGGACAACUAAAAUAUAAGACUAUGAUAUUGGUGUUCAUUUGUGUCUACUUUGUUUCACAAGCGGUCGGCGAGUUAUCCAUCAUAGAUAACGUGGUCACUAUACAAGAUUUAGACGACGAUAAUAAACACAACAAGGGUAGUUAUCAAUCAGGUAUACAAGUUGAAACUGAACAGGGUCUGGUGCGAGGCUACCAGGACGAAGCGGGCAUCGUGACUUUUUUUGACAUACCCUAUGGAGAAUUUAGUAAAGAACAACCAUUUCAGGAACCAACACCUUCGAAACCUUGGGAAGCUGUGCAUGACAAAACAUCACACUCAACCCGCUGUCCUCAAAUACGGAGCGGAACCUUCGAAGGUACUCAUGAAUGUCUGACUCUGACAGUAAUGAAGCCAAAGGAUGCUGCUGGCGCUGAUGUCCUAUUUCAUAUCCACGACAGUUCCUUCACGUCUGGAAGCGGCGACCCUCUCGUUUAUAAUCCAAAACAUAUAGUUCCGAAAGGAGUUAUCUUGGUUUUACCGAAUUACAGACUUGGACCUCUAGGGUUUCUGUGUUUGCAAAAUAAUACGGCACCUGGAAAUGCUGGGCUGAAGAGAUCUGACGCUGGCGUUAAAUUGGACGAAAAACAAUAUAGAGUCGUUUGGAGGAAAUUCCACUAA